AAUCCACCUUUCUCCCUAUCACCACUCAGGGAUAUGCCUCUUCCCCUUUCCCUUUUUUAAUUAAAGAAAGAAAUAGGUAUCUUAAUUGCUCACCUCCCCAUUUUUAAGGGGUGUCUCUGUAUUCUAUAUAAUUUACCCCAGGAUACAAUUCAUUCUUCCCACCCUGAUAUAGAUUGUCACUACCCUUUUUAAAAUUCCUUUAUUAUAUGGAACCCCAUUUGGGCAUGUUAUUAAAUUGUGGUCCCCUUUCUUUUCAAGGGUCUUUGAUUUUGUUUCUCUCCCCACCUUUUUAGGCUUUAUUGCUCCCCCCCCCCCGUAAAAGCUUAGAUAAGCCCUCUACUCAUAUUUAAACAAACCAUUAAAGGUGCUAACACCCCCUUUCAUUUCUGAAGCCUUAAAACUCACCUGUGCCACCUUUACCCAGCGACCUGUGCUUGCACAUCUCUGGCCUUUACUAUUACAUAAGUAACAAUAAUUUAUAUAGGGCCCAAAGGAACCUAAAUGCUCACUCUUCCCUUCUGUGGUCCCUCUUUCCUCUUCUCCCCUUCAGAGGAGGAUUAAUCUCCCUGUCCUCCUUUCCUUCUUCCUUUCCCCCAUGCCAGAAAACGCUCAUCGCCUUUGGGACGCCGGAGCAGCCAGCCAGUAUCCCCCGACCCCCUUCGCCUGGGGCCCCCCGGCCUGUGCCUCCCCAAGCAACAUGCCCGCAGCUGCCUCCCGUCCUUGGGGGCGGGCAGGAGGAAGGGAGACGGACAGACCCACCCUAGUCAACCUGCUUGGUGCCUCAUCUUUUUCUUGCUCCCCUCCACAGCCUGGGUUGCUGAUGUGAGCUUAAUAUUUUUGAAAGCCUUUGCUGUGGCGGCCCCUUCUCUCCAGCUGGUCUCCCUUUAUCCUCCCUGCCCGUUGGGCUUCAUGCCCCCUUGAAGGAGGAUGGAGGUGGUGGGAGACUUUGAAUAUAGCAAGAAGGACCUCAUAGGGCAUGGAGCGUUCGCUGUGGUCUUUAAAGGUCGCCACCGCAAGCUAGCCUGUUCUGGAGAGUCAGCUGAGAAAACUGACUGGGAAGUGGCCAUCAAAAGCAUCAACAAGAAGAACUUGUCGAAAUCUCAGCUCCUCCUUGGGAAAGAAAUAAAAAUUUUGAAGGAACUUCAGCAUGAGAACAUUGUAGCUCUCUAUGAUGUCCAGGAGAUGCCCAAUUCUGUCUUUCUGGUAAUGGAGUAUUGCAACGGCGGAGACCUGGCAGAUUACUUACAAGCAAAAGGAACGCUCAGCGAAGACACCAUCCGCAUAUUCCUGCAGCAGAUUGCUGCUGCCAUGCGUAUCCUCCACAGCAAAGGGAUAAUUCACAGGGACCUCAAGCCACAAAACAUCCUGCUGUCGUACGCCAACCGCAGGAAAUCAAACAUCAGCGGCAUACGCAUCAAGAUCGCUGACUUUGGGUUUGCUCGUUAUCUCCAGAGCAACAUGAUGGCUGCCACCCUUUGCGGUUCCCCUAUGUAUAUGGCUCCUGAAGUGAUCAUGUCGCAGCACUAUGACGCGAAGGCCGACCUCUGGAGUAUCGGAACAGUGAUCUAUCAGUGUCUGGUUGGAAAGCCUCCUUUUCAGGCUAACAGUCCUCAAGACCUAAGAAUGUUUUAUGAAAAGAACAGGAAUCUGAUCCCUAGUGUUCCCAGGGAAACAUCAGCUUCCUUGGCUGACCUGCUGUUGGGUUUGCUUCAGAGAAACCAGAAAGAUAGAAUGGACUUUGAAGCCUUCUUCAGCCACCCUUUCCUCGACCAGGUUUCAACGGUCAGAAAGUCUUGCCCUGUGCCAGUGCCGACGUACACGGGCUCCGUCUCUGGCAGCUCCUGCGGCAGUUCCCCCUCCUGCCGGUUUGCUUCUCCCCCAUCCCUCCCAGACAUGCAGCAUAUCCAGGAAGACAACCUUUCUUCUCCUCCCUUGGGGCCUCCAAAUUACCUUCAGGUGUCUAAAGACUCCACCAGCACCAGUAGCAAGAACUCCUCUUGCGACACAGACGACUUCGUUCUGGUCCCACACAACAUCUCCGACCAGUCGUACGACAUGCCUCUGGCAGCAGUCGGCCGUCGGGCCUCAAGUGAAUUCCUGAUGUGCGGAGGGCAAUGCCAGCCGUCGGUCUCCCCCCGCAGCGAGACGGCACCCAUCCCAGUUCCCACUCAGCUACGCAAUUACCAGCGCAUCGAGCAGAACCUGACCUCUGCUGCCAGCCCUGUGUCAAACCCCCAUGGGUCACCAAGAUCCGCUGUGGUGAGGCGGUCGAACACCAGCCCCAUGGGCUUCCUGAAGACCGGCUCCUGUUCCCCAGUGCCAGCUGAUUCCGCGCAGGGCGUUGGGCGCAGGCUGUCCACGGGAUCUUCCCGUCCGUACUCCCCAUCACCGCUCGUUGGCACUAUCCCUGAGCAACUUGGGCACUGCUGUUGUGGGCAGCUGCAAGGGCACGACUCCCGGAGCCGGAACUCCUCAGGCUCCCCGGCACCGCAGUCCCAGUCUCCACAGUCCUUCCUGAUGGCGGGUGCCCGUCUUCAGAGCAGCCCGGCAACCCUGACGGACAUUUACCAGAACAAGCAGAAGCUCCGGAAGCAGCACUCGGACCCUAUCUGCCCAUCCUACGCGGGCUACAGCUACAGCCACUCUCCGCAGCCAGCCCGGCCAGUCAGCCUGGGGACGUCACCCACGAAGCACGCAGGAUCGUCGCCCCGGAGCUCAGACUGGCUCUUCAAAACUCCCCUGCCGACAAUCAUUGGCUCUCCCACAAAGACAACCGCUCCUUUCAAGAUCCCAAAAACUCAAGCCUCCUCCAACUUGGUGGGCCUGGUCAGCCGCCAGGGACCAUCGGACGCCCCACUACUGCAGCAGGCAAAGGAUGUGGGCGAGGCGAGAACGUUCCCCCACUUCCAUUCGACGCAGGGAAGCGACAGGCAGGCAGUGGAACAGCAGCAGCAGCGCGGCAAGACUCUGUUUGGCAGGUCCGUGAGCACCGGCAAGCUGUCGGAUCAGCAAGCAAAAGCAGCUCUCGGAGGCCAGCUCUGUCAGGGCAGCACAGACAGCCUCAACACUGAGCGGCCGAUGGAUACAGCUCCACCGGGGGCUUGUGGCAUCACAGCAGUUCCUCCCUCCAUGGGAGCCGGCAUGAGCUCGAGAGCCGUGAUGUUUACCGUGGGCUCCCCUCCGAACAGCGCCACCCCUCCAACCUGCACCCACAUGGUCCUCAGAGCUCGGACAACAUCUGUCGGCUCCAACAGCUCUGGGGGGUCUCUGUGUUCUACCAGUGGCCGGGUCCUCAUGGGCUCCCCUCCUGGCGUUUACAUGGGAUCCUCUCCCCCCGGAGCAGAGGCGGCUCCGUGCCUGAAGUACAUGCCUUAUGGCACUUCACCUCCAAGCUUAGAGGGGUUUAUCACCUUUGAGGCCCCAGAACUGCCGGAAGAGACUUUGAUGGAGAGGGAGCACACAGACACCCUGCGCCACCUCAACCUGAUGCUGGCCUUCACGGAGUGUGUCCUGGACCUGACCGCUGUCCGAAGCGGGAACCCCGAGCUCUGCUCCUCGGCGGUGUCUGUCUAUCAGAUCCAGGAGAGCGUGGUGGUGGAUCAGAUCAGCCAGCUGAGCAAAGACUGGGGGCAAGUUGAGCAGCUGGUCCUGUACAUGAAAGCUGCCCAGUUGCUGGCGUCCUCCUUGCACCUAGCCAAAGCGCAGAUCAAGUCGGCGAAGCUGAAUCUCUCCACCGCAGUGAAGCAAGUGGUAAAAAACCUGAACGAGAGGUACAAGUUCUGCAUCGCCAUGUGCAAGAAGCUGACGGGAAAGCUGAACCAGUUCUUUUCGGACAAGCAGAGGUUCGUCGACGAAAUCAACAGCGUCACGGCCGAGAAGCUCAUCUACAGCUGUGCUGUGGAAAUGGUACAGGCGGCCGCCCUGGACGAGAUGUUUCAGCAGACAGAAGACAUUGCCUACCGAUACCACAAAGCAGCCCUGUUGCUGGAAGGCCUGGCAAAGAUCAUACAAGACCCGGUUGAUAUAGAAAACAUUAACAAAUAUAAAGCGAGUAUUGAACGCAGGCUCUCGGCCCUUUGCUGCAGCGCAGUGGCUGUUUACGAACAGUAGGCGAGUCGCCUGGGACCACUUGGCAGAUGUUCCGCUACAGCCAAAUCGCCACCUUUGCCCCUGUCGCAACAGGAGGGCAGGUUUUUGCAUUUCUGUGGGUUUUCUACCAAAGAGAAAAGAGAAACGUGGUUGAUUCGCAGAGGGGAAGAAACCCUGAACUAUCUCGGAGGAGACUUGCCUUAUGACUUAAAUCUUGCGCACCCUACCCCAUCUUUCACUGAGCAGCCCAGGUUCAAAAGGCUCGUCUUUCCAUUUCCAGCAGAACCUUUCCACAAAGCCUCGGUCGGGGACGGCAAAUUGGCGUAUUAUUAUGAUUUCUUACGAAAGGAUGGAGCAAAGAAUGGAACUUCCGUCUUUGGGCAAGGUCCAGAAUCGCAGGCUCUUCCUGCUCAGGGAGCAGCAGGGCUGGAAGAGUUUUCUUUUUGGAACAAGGCUCUGGGAGGGAGCUGAGAACAGUGUUAACUGCAAACCUGUGUCUUGUGGAGCUUUUGAAGGCUGUUGCUAGAUUUGGACCUGAGCUCACGUCUUGUAAAUAGCACAUCUUCAAGCCCAUCAGGCAUAAGAAGAAACAGCACCUUUUGGAAAAAGACGAGGAGAAAUGAUGGACCUGGGCGAGGGUGGGGUUUUCUUUUUUAUUUUACUUUGAGGGAGAUCCAUUUGGAAUCCCUGAAACCAGUUGGAGCAGUUAUCGUGGAUAUAAAAGCUUGAUGGUUUUGUCUUCUUCCUGAAUAUCCUGGCCCAAAACACUUUAUAUUGCACUAAUUUACUAAAAAAAAAAGAAAAACUAUACUCUUCUUGGGGGGGGGG